ACCUGACCGCUGAUCAAAGGUUGCUGUGGCCGAGAUAACGUCGUAAUCGGCUACCAUUCGCUCACACGACGUAAUCGGUUCAUAGGAGAGGAGUAGUGAAACCGGUAGAACGGCACACUAUAAUACCGGUCAAAACGUCCGGUCUCCGUAUCAGUCGGUUACUAUUACAACAGCCGACUUCAACUACUAAUGCAACGGUUGUUGAUUUCGCGUUCGUCCUGCUCUCGCUGCACUUGGUGGCUUAUGACAAUCACAUUAUUAUUGUUGUUUUAGUUGUAUCGAUAACCGUUACGAAAAAUGCAUUACUCGGUUGACAAGGCGUUGCUGGUGCUGAUCGCUUGUACGAGUACUUACGCCUUACCCUGGAGAAAAAGCGAACCCAGUGCAAAAUGUGGAUAUGAGUCGUGUCAUCCAGUCAAAGAUGGAUAUCUCAAUGUGCACUUUAUACCUCAUACACACGAUGAUGUUGGCUGGCUGAAGACCGUCGACCAAUAUUAUUUUGGCACAAACAGUUCUAUUCAAUUAGCCGGCGUACAAUUCAUUUUAGACUCUGUUAUUACUGAAUUGGCAAAAGACCCAAAUAAGAGGUUCAUCUACGUAGAGACGGCGUUUUUCUGGAAAUGGUGGGUAGAUCAAUCGGAGGAGACGCAGAACAUCGUAAAAGACCUUGUGGCGUCCGGGCGAUUAGAGUUCAUCGGCGGCGCAUGGAGUAUGAACGAUGAAGCAGCUUCAAAUUACGUGUCUAUUAUCGAUCAAUUUACUUGGGGCCUAAGAAAAUUAAAUGAUACGUUCGGCGAGUGUGGAAGACCUCACAUUGGGUGGCAAAUCGAUCCGUUCGGUCACUCGAGGCAAAUGGCCACGUUAUUUUCACAAUUCGGUUACGAUGGACUAUUUUUUGGACGAUUGGACUACGAAGAAAAAAUACAAAGGCUGACAAAUAAGACAGCAGAAAUGAUAUGGCAAUCCAGUCCUAAUAUCGGCUCAUCAGCGGAUCUCUACACACAAGUUCUCUACAACCACUACAGUGCACCUGACGGUUUUUGUUUUGACAUCGUGUGUGGCGUUAAUCCAAUCGUGGACGACAUAAGAAGUCCUGAAUACAACGUAGAAGCCAAGGCGAAUUAUUUGAUCAAUUACUUGCGGUACCAAGAGAAAGCAUACCAGAACCACGGCAACGUGAUAUUGACGAUGGGCGGAGACUUUACAUACCAAGAUGCCAAUUACUAUUUCAAAUCCUUAGAUAAAUUAAUCAAACAUAUAAACUCAAAACAAGCGUCCGGAAGUAAAAUUAAUGCUAUUUACUCCACGCCAUCAUGUUAUCUGAAAGCUGUUAACAAUCAGCAAAUAACGUUCCCGACCAAACAAGAUGACUUUUUUCCAUAUAAAAGUGACAAACAUUCGUAUUGGACUGGAUAUUUCACGUCCAGACCCACACAGAAAUACUAUGAACGAAAGGGGAAUAAUCAUUUACAGACGUGCAAACAAUUAGCCGUCCAGAGCCUAACGGGCGCCAAGUACGAACCAAAAAUCACAGUGCUCCGUGAAACGAUGGGUGUAAUGCAACAUCACGAUGCUAUCAGUGGUACAGAGAAACAACAUGUGGCCAACGAUUAUGCGCGGUUACUGAGUGAAGCGAUCGAAGAGUGCGAUGAUGUGUCGUACACAAUAUUAUCAUAUUUGGCCACAGGCAUAGAAACUUCAGGGUAUACUACUUGUCACCUGUUGAACAUCAGCCAAUGUGAAGUGUCCGAAAACAACGAACAGUUCGUGCUCACCCUCUACAAUCCGUUGAGUCGGCCGAUAACGGAAUUCGUCCGAUUGCCCAUAGCCGCCGAAACGGCCUAUUACGUGGUUGAUCCAUGGGGACAAAAUUUGACGGUACAGUUUGUGCCUUUGCCAGACGCAGUGUUACGUAUACCUGGCCGUGAAUCAUCGGCCACUACCGAACUCGUUUUCCAGGCCGAAGACUUACCGCCACUGGGGUACAAAUCGUAUUUAAUUACGAAACAACCGAGUAGCUUACGGACUAAGAGGUCGGCAGAAUCGGAAACCCAAGGUCCCGUGGACGUCGGCGAUAGGCGUUUAGGUCUGAUAAUUGAUGACAGCGACCCUAAACGUUUUGUACUGUACGUUGACAACGAGGAAAUACCGUUAAUUCAGGAAUUUUUAUAUUACAAAAGUAUGGUCGGAGAUAACUCUAAAGAUUAUAAAAGAGCCUCGGGAGCUUAUAUAUUUCGUCCUGAUGGUGCACCUAUACCUCUUUGCGAUAGUAAAAAAAAACCACGACGCGUAUCAGGACCCGUAGUGCAAGAAAUUCAUAAAGAAUGCAAUGAAUGGGCAAGUCAGGUGAUAAGAAAAUACAACGGAGAAGAUAAUAUUGAAUUUGAAUGGCUUAUAGGACCAAUACCAGACAACGACAAAAUUGGAAAGGAAGUCAUAUCACGUUUUCACAUUCCGUUUUACAAGAACAAUCAAACAUUCUAUACCGAUUCUAACGGCCGAGAAAUGUUAAAACGUAUAGUGAACUACAGACCUUCAUUCAAUUUAAAAGAAAAUGUGGAAAAUGUAUCCGGAAACUAUUAUCCAAUUACUUCCCGCAUAUCGUUGACAGACCAACAUACACGAUUUUCCAUUCUCAAUGACAGGUCUCAAGGUGGAUCGAGUCUUCAAGAUGGUGAAAUUGAGCUCAUGGUACAUAGAAGAAUAUUCUACGACGAUGCCUUUGGCGUCGGUGAAGCGUUAAAUGAGACUGCCUUUGGAGUGGGCUUGGUAGCCAGAGGACAUCACUAUUUAACUUUAGGAUCAGUUGAUAAACAAAUUGCGGUAGAAAGACUAUUAGCUCAAAGGAAACUUAUUCGACCUCAAUAUUUUUUCACAAAGAAACAGAAUGUUGUAUCCUACGAAGAACUAAAAAAAUCCACUGUUCUACAGUAUUCUGGUUUGAAAAAACCUUUACCAAAUAACAUACAAUUACUUACUUUGGAACCAUGGAAAGAUGGAUCAGUGUUACUAAGAUUUGAGCACAUAUUCGAGUACAAUGAAGAUAAGAAUUUAUCUACUCCAGUUGUCUUAGAUAUACAGGAUUUGUUUACGAAGUUCCGUAUAGUUUCAUUAAAGGAGACAAUAUUGGGUGGUAAUCAAUGGCUCUCGGAAAACACUAAACUUACUUGGAUACCAGAAAAUAGUAAUUCUUCAGACACUAAACAGCCGAUAAGGCCUGACCAAACAUUGUCUGAUCCCAAGCAUGUCAUGUUAACUCCAAUGCAGAUAAGAACGUUUGUAGCCGAAAUAAUUCCAAAUCCUGCAUGAUUCGUUACCAAAAAUUGUUAUGUAGUGUAUUUUAGAAUAUAACUUAGAUAAUAUUCUAUUUAUAAAUCUUAAUGAUACAAUUUAUUAUAUCUAGGUUCGUAGAAUAUAAGGUGCUUAUAGUUUAUACAUUAGCAUAGUUUAUUUUUAAAUAAUACAUUAAAGAAGUACGAUUUAGA